AUGCGACACGCCACCCACGCCACCUACCACCCAAGCCAUCCAUCACCCACACGAUCUGCCAUGCACCAUCCUCGCCACACACCACCUCUACCUUCCACCCACGCCACCUACCACCCACGCCACCUACCCACACUACACACCACCCGCAUCACCUACCACCAACGCCACACACCACCUACCACCCACGCUACCUACCAUCCACGCCACACAUGCCACACGCCACCUACCCCCAAGCCACCUAACCCACAUCACCUGCCAUCCACCAUCCUCGCCACCUACCACCUCUACCUUCCACCCACGCCACUCACCACCCACGCCACCUACCACCCACGCCACACACCACCCUUGUCACCUACCACCCACGCCACACACCACCCUUGUCACCUACCACCCACGCCACACACCACCCUUGUCACCUACCACCCACGCCACCUACCCACACCACCUACCAUCAACGCCACACACCACCUACCACCAACGCCACACACCACCUACCACCCACGACACCUACCACCCACGACACCUACCAUCCACGAGACUUGCCACACACCACUUACUACCAACGCCUCACCACCCACCACCCAAUCGACCAAUUUGCCUUGA